CAAAAGAGAAACCAGCAAAGCAACAUCGUCUUCUAAGUGUACAGAAUGAUGGGUUCUUUUCUUUCGAGGGCUCUGCUGAUGAUAUUUGGUUACGCUUAUCCGGCUUACAACUGUUUUAAAACCAUCGAGAACAACGAACUGGAGACCCGACAACUUCUCUUCUGGUGCCAGUACUGGUCUGGGUUUUCUAUGCCUUGCUCCUCAUACAAUUCAAUGACAUUGUUCGAAAUUACACUUGAAUGCGUUCUCUUCGAUCGUUUUUUGCAGGAUUUUAGUAGCUUUUCUUUCGGUCUGCGAGAGACUCGGCGAUGCAUUCAUAUCAUGGUUACCAUUGUACGGCGAAGCGAAGUUCGCUUUCUUCGUCUAUUUAUGGCAUCCCCAGACGAAGGGCACACAGUACAUUUACAGCUACUUCCUUCAGCCAUACUUGGUGACCCACGAGAAAGUUAUCGACCGUAGCCUGCUGGAGCUGAGGGCGAUGGCAGGGGAUUCGGCAGUUUUGACGUGGCAAAAGGCUAUGAGCUAUGGACAGAUGAGGUUCUUCGAGUUUAUGCAGUAUGCUAAUUCUCCAUCGAAGUCACCGGCGUGCCCCGAUCAGGAAUAUCUCAAAGCCGACGAUGAUCAAGCCAAGCAACAGAUAGAAGCAGGGACGUCAUCUAAAACUCCGUCAUCACUUCCCGUCAGAAGCAGCAACAGAGAACCGGUCGUGGGUCAACUCAUCGCCGAUUCUUCUGGCCAACCUAGAGCGAGCCCACCGGACACGGCGCCAGAUGGCUCAUGCUCGGGAAAUGGCAAAUCGAAUCAGCCUCAACUUGAAGAUGUCAAGCGGACAUUGCAGCACAAGGAGAAGGAUUCCAGAUGGAGGAUGUUUGAGUUUGCUAUGAAUCGCCUGAAACGGCGAAGAGCAGCAACUCAUAGGAAGUAGGUAGCCAUCACAAUAAGAUGACACGGUCUUCUUUUCCUUCUUUUCUUCAUUUUCCUUCUUGCUAGAGGCAAUCUAAA